GUCUGCCCCAAAGACUUCAUAUUUUCUAAUUUUUCCAAUCUUUUCAUUGGCUCCUCGCUUUUUCCCAGAUCGUCUCCCUCUGUUUAUCCCCCACUCCCUCCUCUUCUUCCUCCUCGCCGAUUCUCUGAGUCAGGUCUGUACGGAAGAGCAGCAGCAGCCAUGCCGUCGCAGGAGUACAUGGACAAGAUGCAGGUCCGACAGAACUACCGGAAUCUCUGGCACUCCGACCUCAUGGGCACCAUUCAGGCCGACACUCGCUAUUGCUGCUUUGCUGCGUUCUGUGCACCAUGUGCUUCAUACUUGCUCCGGAAACGAGCACUUUAUAAUGACAUGUCAAGAUAUGUAUGCUGUGCUGGUUAUAUGCCCUGUAGCGGUAGGUGUGGGGAAAGUAAAUGUCCUGAAUUCUGCCUGGCAACUGAGGUUUUCCUGUGUUUUGGGAAUUCAGUGGCCUCAACCCGCUUUCUGUUGCAAGAUGAAUUCAAUAUACAGACAACGCAGUGUGAUAAUUGCAUCAUUGGUUUCAUGUUCUGCCUACAACAACUUGCGUGUAUUUUCUCCAUAGUUGCAAUGAUUGUUGGAAGUGAAGAAAUCUCAGAGGCAUCUCAGUUGUUGAAUUGUUUGGCUGACUUGGUGUACUGCACGGUCUGUGCAUGUAUGCAGACACAGCACAAGAUUGAAAUGGACAAACGAGAUGGCAAGUUUGGACCGCAACCUAUGGCAGUUCCUCAGUUUCAGCAGAUGUCUCGCAUUGAUCAGCAAGUUCCUCCCACAGUUGGAUAUCCACCUCAACCAGCAUAUCCUGCUCAACCAGCUUACGGUCAGCCCUAUGGUUAUCCACCUGCUCCACAAGCUCAAGGCUACCCACCAGCCGGUUAUCCUCCAAGCGGCUAUCCACCCAGCGGUUAUCCACCUUCCGGCCAUUAAUUGUAGCUGAUUUUGAACAGAUUUAUGCAUCCAAUUACAAUCUAUGGUGGCCGUUUUGUUCAAUCGUGUUACGUGUUGGUUUGCAAGUUUUGUCUUUGAAGUUCCAAUUUGUGUAUCUUCGACCUUGCUCUUCUUAAAUUUUACUUGCAAGAGGGUUGACUGACGUAUGCAGUAACUUUGUGCUUUGCUUUUUAUGAUUUAAAACUUCAAACUACCUCACACUAUACACAAAUGCGAGCAUCUUGUCGUCUCUCUCA